GAUUCAUGCCAAGUUGAGUAUAAAUCAGGAGCUCAUGUGUCAGUUGGAUAACUCGGCCAACCGUUGAGAGUGGGUAGAAACGGGAUGGACAGGAAUACAACCUCCGGGCCGGUCUCGCACUGACUCUCUAUUAGGCAGUGCAACGGAUAACGGAUGAUCAGGUUGAAGAAAAACAGAGAUGCUGCUCUAAUAGUUUCCUCGUUCGCCUACUCCUUACAAGCAUUAACCUCAAACUAUCAUAAAGACUCGUUUAAGCUAUCCCCAGAAGAACUCGUCAGACUCUGAUAAAGCAAACUAGAGACUUGAUUACAUGACUAGCGGCUCUCGAUAUGUCCGUCAACUUCCUGAUCAGGUAUACCCGCUCUGAGCAUGAACCAUGUCGCCACUUGGCUUAGAGUUCGAGAACUUUGAACAUGUGCGCACUAGUUUCGUCUGCAUGGCGAUCUGCCGGUACACUAAUAAGUCGAUAUGUACCUGACUGGCUGACUGUGUGAUAUUUCUGUUCCUCUACAGCCGUUUCAGUCCCCUUUCUUGCUCUUCAACAUGCCAGACAUUGAUUGAGAUAACGACUUAUAUGUACAGUAGGUAGUCGUCAAUCCGCAAAUAUUGCCACCGCUACACGCUAUACAUCAAACCCUACCCUUGUCGUCGACUUGUUCCAGAACAACCAGAAGAAUCAUCCACCAUGGCCAGCACACUGGGAGACCACGAUGGCUCCAUGCCACAUUAUAGAGUUCCAGGAACCGCUAGGUCUUCAACGGCUGCUUCGACGACAUCUUCCUCCACAAGAAUUGCCCUCUUCAACUCCCUCACUCCAUCCAGUACAGCCCUGGUCAGCGAGUGUGUGGAUACACCAUAUCGCCCAAUACCAAAAACCUUGAAGAUAUCUUGGCAAUGGAACAAACUGCGAACUUUCUUUCUCGGCAAUGAUGGCUGCUCAAAGAUGUUUGCUGUAUCAGAACACUCUGGACUUUUUGGCCGAAACUCAGGUUCGCCUUGUCUUCUCCUCCACAACGGACCAACCGGAAAGGACGAAAUACUAGCAGCAGCUGGCGAGACGCUGCGGGACGGGUUAUCUGACCCAGGUGUUGUAGAGAGUAUUGUCAAUGUAUCCGCAGCCCCUGGGUCAGACAUCGAUACUAGGGUUGCCACUGAAAUCGUACAGGCACUAUACGAUGAAACCGAGCAGUGCGUGGUAUUCCGAUGGGCAAUAGAAACAAAGCAAGCAGAGACAGUCCAAGACUGCAGCUUUAUUCGGGAAGAAUUCGAGUGGUCCAUGACACCGCUCCAAGCGGCCAAGGAUCCUAAAUACUGUCACGAAUUCAAGCUUUACCGAACUGGAGAUAUGAAGGCGCCAUUGGAAUACCUCGCCAUGGCCUCGUGGAAGGAGGCAGCAUGGAAGACAUGCAAGAUUGAGUUCUCUGAUAAAGCAAUGCAGCAGAACUUUGGAGAUCGGUGGUCUCUAAUGGUGGUGAUGUCUGCCUUGAGAAUGUGGCAGCUCGGUCGAACAGGACAAGCAUCUUUGGAGUAUGUAUCGAACUGAUACUGCUCAUUUUACUUUGUAUCUUAGCGUUAUUGUAUUUACCAAAAGUAGAACCGCACAUAAGUGUGUAAUAGAGAUUAUAGAUUUAAUGAUGACCACAUGCAGUGUAAGGCUGUGAACAUAGCGAUACGAUUGCCUUGCACUUACGCUUUGUUACAUGCAUCCUUGCUUCGAGAACAUUGCUCCUUAUGGCAAGAUUGAACAAGGGGAGACAAACUCAC